AUGGCCUCCAGGGUUGUGUAUAUUUUAAUAAUCUUCCUUGUUCAGAUUUUCAUUGGAACACUGGGGAAUCUCUCUCUCUUAGGUCAAUAUUUAUUUCUUUACCUCAGUAGAUAUAAGACAAGAUCAAUAGAUUUGAUUAUUAUGCAUCUGAUUGUGGCCAACUUCUUGGUCAUUCUCUCUAGAGGGAUCCCAGAGACCAUGGCAGCUUAUGGGUUGGAAGACUUCCUCAGUGAUUUUGGAUGCAAAUUUGUUUUCUAUGUUAGCAGGGUGGGUAGGGGUGUAGCUUUUGGCAGCACCUGCCUCCUGAGUGUCUUCCAGGCCAUCACCAUCAGCCCCAGCAGCUCCAGGUGGGCAGAACUGAAAGUGAAAUUUCCCAAGUAUAUAAGCACCUUCACUGUCCUCUGCUGGGUCCUGCACUUGGUGCUGAACAUUAGUUUCUCUGUGAGCUUGACUAGCAGAUUGAAAAACAAAAACAUCACAAAUAAAAUAGACUUUGCUUACUGUUCAGAUCCAAGAACCACGAAAGGGAUAUACACUGCACAUGCAGUGUAUAUCGCCAUCUUUGAUGUUUUGUGCAUGGGUCUAAUGCUCUCAGCCUGUGGCUCUAUGCUUUUCAUCUUGUUUAUGCACAAGCGACGGGUCCAAUACAUGCAUAGGACCAGCAACUUCUUCAGAUCCUCUCCUGAGACCAGAGCCACUCAAAGCAUCCUUAUCCUGGUAAUCAUCUUUGUAUUUUUCUAUUUCCUGUCUUGUAUCAUGCAAGUAUAUGUGACGUUUUUUAGUCAUUCAAGAAUCUUUCUGUUCACUCUUGAUGCUUUUCUAAGUGCAUGUUUCUCUACUGUUUGUCCCUUUGUAUUCAUGAUUUGUGGCCACUAUGUAAAUGGAAUCUGCUGUGUCUACUCUAAAAGGAACACAGUCAUCUAA